CUUGAGAUAGAUGUAGGCUUGAAGGUCUUGUCUUUAAAACUGCAGGAACUAUUCCAUCUUUUAUGAGUUAUUUUUAAGUUUCUGUACAAUGCCACCUAAAAGAGGAAGAGGAAGAGGGAGAGGAGAGCCCCCAAGUCGGGAUACCCAGCCACAGUAUUCUCGAGAGGCAAGGGAAGAAAGAUCUCUCCCAUCCAGAGGAAGAGGAGUUCCUCCUCAUAUGCAAGCUCCUCCAGCAUUUUCUCAAUCUCCAAUGCAAAGACCUGUGCGUGAGCCGCAUAGGGAACAACCGAUUCAAGAAGUUCGGGAAGUAAGACCUAAACCUCGUGUUGUGCAACCAGAGGAACUCGGGUUAGAGCUGAAAUACAAAUUGGCACUUGACACUCCAUUGCCACGAAGACCAAGUGAAGGAAAACUAGGGAGAAAAAUUAGGUUAAUUUCCAAUUGUUAUUCUAUCAAUAUUCCUAGUGGGUAUGUCUAUCACUAUGACGUAGAAAUUAACAGCAAAAAGAGAGAUGUUAGAUCGGAAGCAGAGCGAGAAGGAGGCGCAGCAAGUGCUCCUGUUGUGCCAGUUUCUAAAGAUAAAAAGUAUCGGUGUUUGAGUACGAAACUCAAUAGAGAAGUGAUGAAAUUGAUGUUACAGACCAAUGUGAAUUUUCGUGGAAUGUUUCCUGCAUAUGAUGGUCGCAAAAAUCUUUACACACGUCAUGAACUAAAAUGUAGAUCAUUUCCUUUAAAAUGUGAAGUUCAACUUAUUGAUGAGGAAACUAUCAACCCAGAUGAUCCUAGACCUCCCAGAGCUGACAUAUUUGAAGUUCUUGUCAAACCUGUUAAAAAAAGAGACACUGAUUCUUGUGCAAUCAAUUUGGAUUCACUUCAUGCACUCUUUGAAGGAAGAGUGACGACAGUUCCUCAAGAAGCAGUCAUGGCUGUUGAAACAAUAUUCCGCCAUUCUCCAUGCAUGAAAUAUGUGCCUGUAGGUCGAUCAUUUUUUUAUCCCCCGCCUCCGCAAGAUUUGCAUCCUCUUGGAGGUGGAAGAGAAAUAUGGUUUGGAUAUCAUCAGAGUUUGCGCUUGGGUCAGUGGAAACCAAUGGUAAAUUUGGAUAUCACAGCAACAACUUUUUAUGAAAAGGGCCCUGUUGUAAAAUUUAUUGCUGCUAUUCUGAAUACUACAGUUGAAAAUUUGCGUCAAAAGACUCACUUGACAGACAUGGAAAUCAGACGGCUGACAAGUGAGCUAAAAAAUAUGCGAAUUGAAACAAACCACUUGCAAAGAUACAGACGGAAAUACAGGAUAAUAAGAUUGACCAGGGAUAGUGCUCGGAGAUUAGAGUUUACCCUUACUGUCAAUGGUACAGAAAGAAGAAUGACUGUAUCGGAUUAUUUUAAGAUGCAGUAUAAUAUUGUUUUGCAGUUUCCGCAACUUCCUUGCUUGCAAGUAAAUCCGGAGGCUAAACGAGUAUACCUACCAAUAGAGGUCUGUGAUAUAAUUGAAGGACAGCAUUGUAAAAAAAAAUUAGAAGAGAGACAAAAUGCCGAGAUGAUAAGAUUUACAGCUCGUAAACCUCAAGACAGGUUCCAUGAAAUUGAGAACAUAGUGAGAAGAUCUGAUUAUGGCAGAGAUGCAUAUUUGAAAGAAUUCGGAAUAAAGGUUGACCCUCGACCUUUAUCCCUGGAGGGCAGAGUCAUUGAAUCACCAAGUGUAAGAUACCUUCAUGAGCAAAUUAUUAAACCAAGAGAUGGCUCUUGGGACAUGAGAGACAAACAGUUUUUUCGCCCAGCAGAAGUUGAAUCUUGGGCUCUUAUAAGUUUCGCUAAUGAAAGAUUUUGUGGCAGACAGGCUCUGAAUAAAUUUGCUGGGUUGUUAUGUAAUAUUGCUAAGGAAACAGGCAUUGAGAUCAACCGCCCGGCUGUAAUAGAUAUCAUAGAUUUCCGAAGGGUAAAAGUUUCAAAUGUGCUUAGUUCAAUGAAGCAAAAAUACAAAGUGGAUUUAGUUGUAGUGGUGGUGCCCGGAAACAACAAAUCUGUGUACGGGGAAGUUAAACAAGCUGCAGAAACCAUGCUAGGUUUGACCACACAGUGUAUUAGAGAUGAGAGUGUUGUUAAGAAGUGUAAUCCACCUUUAGUUAGUAAUUUGUGCCAGAAAUUAAUGCUAAAAUGGGGUGGUGUGAAUAACACUCUGAUGCCUGGAGAGAAACCAGCUAUAUUAAGCAGACCUGUAAUUAUUAUAGGUGCAGAUGUUACACAUCCUAGUCCCUCACAGGAUAUUAAGCCAUCCAUAGCAGCUGCUGUUGGAAGCCUUGAUGCGCAUCCAUCACGUUAUGCGGUUUCUACUCGAGCUCAAACUAAUAUUGAUGAAAAUAAGCAAGCUAUCGAAAUAAUUCUUGAUCUUACUACUAUGGUGAUUGAUUUGUUAAAAGCAUUUUUCAGACACACUAAUGGCAAAAAGCCGGAAAAGAUAAUAUUUUACAGAGAUGGCGUGAGUGAAGGUCAGUUUGAAAAAGUCAAGGAACACGAGGUGAGGUGCAUAAGGGAAGCUUGCAAAAGACUAAAUGAAGAUUAUGAACCUGGCAUCACAUUUAUUGUUGUUCAGAAGCGUCAUCAUACUAGAUUUAUGCCUCAGGAUAAUAGAGAAGGUGUUGGUAAAAUGAAGAACAUUCCUCCAGGAACAACUGUAGACAACACUGUUACUCAUCCCUUAAAUUUUGAUUUUUUCCUCUGCAGUCAUUUUGGUUUGCAAGGUACCAGCAGACCAAGUCAUUACACUGUUAUAGAAGAUGACAACGACAUGACAGCUGAUGACUUGCAAAAACUGACAUUCUACUUGUGUCACACUUUUGCCCGUUGCACAAAGAGCAUAUCGACGCCAGCACCAGUUCAGUAUGCGCAUCUCGCUGCAUUUCGUGCCCGCCAGCAUAUGAUUUCUCAAAUAGAAGAGUCUACCACGAGCAGUGAUUCUUCAAUUUCAGCUUUCCAUCCUCUGCCCGAUGCUGUCCUAGAUGCUAUAAAGGUGGUUGAUGUGAUGAAGAGUACUAUGUACUUUGUGUAAAAAUGUCAUGUCUGAAAUUUUUAAUACAUAUCUGAAGUUUGAACUCAGUGUGUAUUUCAUUUAGCCUAUAUUUGAUAUUCUGUGAAAAGAAAUUUUUAUGUCGAAGACAGGAACGAUGCUCUGUUUACUCAAUUGAAUUUAUGUUUUCUUUUUCGAAACCAGAAACUUUUGACUUCAUUAUUUUCAAAAUAAAAGUUUUAACUGAUUUACAUUAAGUAUUUUCAUUGUCAUAGCAAUAUUUAUCAUAACUUCCAUGUAAAUAUUGUUUUGAAACAUAAUACAGAAUAUGCAACUGUCUUAUUAAUGAAACCGAGAAAUUGUUAAAAAAUAACAUUUUGAAGUAUUAUUUCAUACAAAUAUUAGACUGUUAAACAUUUCUAUUUUGACAAAAAGUGAAAUCAAAAAAAUAUUUUGUAUUAUGUUCAUCAACUGUAUUUUAAAACAAAUUAAAAUAUAAAUUUGUAUGCCUAGUGAUGGUUAUCUAUCACAAUUCAGUGUUUCUAAAAAAAAAAAAAAAUCUUGAUUUAAUAGAAAACAUACUUCUAAUUCGUUUGCAGAGAGAAUGGUUCUAUUUUCAUGUAAAUGUGUGCUAAAAAUUUCUUUUGAUGUGAUUUUGUCUUUUAAACACUUUUCAUAACGAAUUGUUUUGAUACAUUUGAAAUUACUUAUUCAAUUUUUUAAAUGCUAUUAAAAAUUUCUUGUUGCAUUUACCAGUUCUUCAAGCGUUUUCUAUUUAAAUAAAGUAUUUGUAGGGGGGGGGGAGAUGCGUGAUGCAUCUAUAGUUUGCUUGGUAUGGUUCAAUAAGAAAGCAAUGUUAAACUCAUGUUUCUUGCAAAGGUUUUUUAUGUUUGAAAAUUCGUUAAAAAAAAUUUUCAAUUCGUUUUUUGGUAGCACAUUUAACUUAUUUUGUCUGUUCAAGUGCUCAGAUUUCAAGUAAAUUGUAUGUAUCCAGAAAUUUUGUUUUCGUCUUGUAAUUAAAUUUUUUUAAAGGGGGGUUUUAGAGACUGAUGGUAACACCUUUUUUUCUGAUGGACAUUAUGAGACUUUUCUCAAUUUAGGCUUUGUCUCUUGAUACGAUACUUAAAAACAUUUUAGUCACAUUGUUGAAGUAAAAAUGAAAAAAGGCAAGAAUAUUUUAAUAUACAUAAUGAGAAUAAGUAUAAUAAGUGAUUCGAUUGGUAUUUUUAAAGCAAAACAGUAAUCAUUUUGUAGCAUUGAAUGCAAGAAGAACUUUUCCCUCGGAUUACUGUAUGUUUGGCUGAAUUUAAUGAUACGAUUGAAACCACAAAAUGUAACUUGGAUGAUUUUUAAAAAAAAUGUUAAAAACAUGGUAACUCACUGACAAUGAAAGUAACAAGUCAGUUGCCAUACUUCUACCAAGUUUUUUAAAAUUGUCUAAAGUAUAUUUUGGUAGCAUUAAAUUUGGAUUGAAAAUAUCAAAAUAACUUCUUUUGCUUUAAAAAUGUCAAGUCUGUUACCAGUGGAAUCGCCCUCAUAAAGAAAAUAGAAUUUUUGUUGCAUUUCUCAUUUAUUCCAAUCUGUAGUGUACAGUUAAUCAAAAGUUCCUAAUGAGUUUUAUUGAAAUGGAAUAUUUUUUUUUCUCUAAAAUUAAGUUAAUUUUGUGUAUUAAAAUAUUAUAUUAACUGCAAGGGCAUCUUUUAAACUUUGUUGUUAGAGACUUGUGGGUCUACUACUGUUUUAUUUCUGUGUACAAAAUAUAAAUUUUAAUGUGUAAUCAAAACAACUGUUGUGCCUUUUAUCAUAUUUAGAGGUGUAAUAUAAGAACUAAAAUUUGUUUUAUAAAUGCUGUAUUUUGGUUCUUAUGUUUUAAAAAGAUGUUAUAUUGUCGUGUGUCUUGCGUUAGUUGUACUUGUAUUCCUUAUUUAAUUCUCAUUUUUUAUAUUCUAAUUUCCUAAUACUAGUGCAAAAUACAUCUUAUGCUGUUGAAACAUUUUGCUUGAAAACCAAUAAAUGAAUAUUAUUCUACUGAAA